UAUGAGAAAAUAAAUCAGCAAAAAUUCAACUAAAUAAUCUAAACAAUCAAAUGUAAAUCAAAAGAUUUAAAGGAUCCUAAACUAGAUUCUAAUCUUAGAAUUUUACAUGUGAAAGAAGAAUAAUAUAAAUAAAAAAUUUAACAUCUCGAAUCUAGAAUAUCAGAACUUCAAGAACCAAAUAAUGGGACUCAAAGAAAAUGAUUGUAUCAUGAGUUAGCAUAUUAAAAAAAUAUGAAGUUAAUUGGUAUCGGAGUAAAUGUUAAUGCAACUUCAUAUGUCAUUGAGGAAAAGAAAUAAAAGAUUUAGAAAGACGAAUUUAAAAGAAGUUAUCUAAAAUACAACUAAAACUGGAAGAAGUACAAAAAGAAAAGAAGAAAAUAAAAAUGAAAGGAAAAUUAAAGUUUUUCUGGUUUGCAAAAAGAUAGGAAAUACAGCUUAGCAUUGUCGAGAAGUACUCUACUAAUGAUGAGAUUAUUUGUUAUAAUUAUGGUUCUUAAAAACAUACUCUUAAAGAUUGUCAAAAACCUAAGUCUGGUUCAUUAAAAUUUGCAACAUUCUUUGUAAGUAGUCACAUUAGCAGAGAUAAUCCCAAAAAUUCAAAAGGAUUGUAUGUUUAUGGGUUGGAUGCUAAUAUGCAAUAAUAUUCACUACACUCAAGCUAAUUGAGAUUUAAAUCCUAGGAAUAGAAUCAUCUCAAAAUAAUAAUAACAACAAAAAGAAGAUUACAUGAGUGA